CUCGUUCCGGUCGAGAUGUGGAGCUGCGUUGUUCGUCGGUUGUUGUGCGGGUGGACGGGGCAGGGACCUGGGUUCCGGGCAAAAUCCGGAACCCCAAAGAAGAGUGAGACCUGACAUCCCUAGCUAAGUGUGGGAAGACUUAUCACACCUGAGAGUUGACCAACAGGAUAUGAAGAUUUUGACCAUAACUUCUGAAACCAUCCACUGAGGUUCAGAAGGCUUAUGAGAUGUGUUGGUAAAGGGAGCACCUAUACUUAGAAAAUUACAGAUCCUCAAGUACCAGAUGUUCCUUCAGAAGUCCAAGAAAAUGGAGGGGGGCCCUCAUAACAUGCUCUUUCCUGGGAUGCUGCAGCUAGAGACACUCAGCCACAAGGAGCUGACUGAGGUGAUGAAGACAGCUGUGUUAUACCAUAAUGGACCUCUGGUGGCCUUGAACAAACCCCCAGGACUAGCAGUAACAGGAAAACCAGGAGAACUUACUUUGCUCUCAGUACUCCCAGAAAUAGGCCAGCAUCUGGGGCUCAGUCAGGAGCUCCAUAUUGUCCGUGCUCCUGGGAAGGAGAGCUCUGGGCUUGUCCUCCUCUCCAGCUGUCCAAGGAUAACAAAAACCUUUCAGAAUUUCUUCAUCCAGUCUCGAAGAGUUCAGAAACCCACAGUGACCUACUGGGCUGUCACUGUUGGGGUUCCAGCUACUCCCAAAGGUGAGAUUCAAGUUGCUCUGAAGUUGGAUCAAGUCAGGGGAGCAGACCUGGCAGUCCCAGUGAAGGCACCAUCUCGACAGACCUUAAAGGAGGGCGUCAAGAAAACCCUGACCCGCUUUUUCGUUGAGGACUCCACACCUGACUGUGCUCUGGUGAAGCUCCAACCAAUUACAGCAUUUCCCAACCAGCUCUUGGUGCAUAUGGUGCUUCAGUUGUGUCCUGUGCUUGGGGAUCACCUGUACUCUGCUCGAGUUGGCAGUGUCCUAGGGGAAAGUUUUCUGUUGCCAGUGGAGACCUCAGUGCCUCAGACACAGGUCCUAAGUGAAUUGCUCCUCCAUCGCCUCCACAUAACUCCAAAGGAGAUGGCCCUUCUACCCCUCCACCUCCAUCUGCAUCAAAUCCUUCUGCCCCAGACCUCAAUGGCCCCCACAAUGCUUAUAGCUCCCUUGCCCCCUUUCUUUUCACAAACCCUAUGGAACUUGGGGCUCCAAAUGUCAGAUGGGCCCAGAAAAAAAUAGCAUGCCAAGUCAAGAUGGCUCAGAAAGUGGGAAAAGUGAGUUAUUUACUGCCUUUGGGGAAGGCCCCAGUGGGAAGAGUUGGGGGAAAAGGCCUGCUUCUUGGGGGAGUAUGUAUCCAAUCCCUCCUCCAUUCUGGCCUUUUUGGCAUAAAAAGAAAGCUGGGAAGAAUCUUCCCCUGAGGACUCUGGAUCUCUGCUGAAGUUAAGGCAAGCUAACCUCAUACUGGGGAGUAAUUUGCUUUUAGAACAUACAAAGACUGAUGGUUCCAUUUAGUGACACCUCAUUCUUGGGAGUUAGGGCACACCUUGGGACAAUUUCCUGAUUUUCAGCUUGAAUUUCUCUUUGACCAUUGCAAGCUGUCCCUCACCCAUUUCAGUCUCUCCUCUGUUACACAGUGACUACUCCCCCCAAAUUUCCAUUUCCUGGGCUUUACACCUCCCACAAAAGUACCUUUAUCAUAAUCUCUGAUUAGCUUUUUCUCCACUCCUCUUCCCAUAUGCUGCCCUGCCAGCCAGGCCUGGCAGUGUGUCCAACCCCUUCCUCGAAUUGCCCCAACAGUAAACAUGACAAAAACA